UUGGCAGUGUUUUACUCUGCAGACCGCCUAGAGCUAACAAAUGGUGAUGGUUGGGAAAGGGUGUGGGUUAAAAUUAGUCCCAUGACGUCAUUCCGAAUGUACGGUCUCUUGAGCCAUCACCCUUGAAGAAAUUAAAGGGUCCAAUCUAACAAACAUUCUAGAAAUAUUUUAACGUUCAUACUGAGGAAAGAAGACGUUUCCAAGGUUGUAUAAGAAAGAAAGUCUUGCCCGUUCGCUGGUUACUUCUUUCAUAUCUUCGACAUCGUCCCUCGACGUUGUUUAAGUUCACAGAAACGUAAUUACCAGACACCACUGUCGAUUUUGAGCAAUGGAAGAUAUCACUUAUGCUUGUCCUCGCCAAAAAUUCAUGGAGGAUCCGGGAAUUCAAUGGCGUGAAGGGAAACCUGAUUUCACCCAGGUUAAUAAAGCUUAUUUAGAGGGUAGGACAAGAAUUCAUAAGGAAGGUUCGUUAGAAAAGAUUGUUGAGGAUCUGGUGAAAUCAUGGGAAAUGGAAGCUUCGCAUAAAACUAACACUGAGGAUUGGCAAAGUGUUGACACAGAGGCUUUCACCAUUAGGGCAAACAACCAGCGCUCGUUUUGCUUGAAGGAACUGAUUGAGGAGGGAAACUACAACGCACUUAUGCAAAACCAACCGCUGUACAACUGCAACACUCAUUCGUUUCAAACAUCACAUGAUUCGUUCAGGUCUGCAUUCAAUCAAGGGUUUCCAUGGGAACUGAUGGAAGUAUUUUCAGGACCCCCACGAGUGGCCUUUUCGUGGCGCCAUUGGGCCCACUGGACGGGCCCCUACAAAGAAAGGGCCCCAACGGGCGAACUUCUUGAAAUGUAUGGAAUGGCUGUGGCCGAGGUGGACGAGAACCUAAAAAUCAAAUCAAUUGAUGUUCAUUAUGAUCCUAACCAGCUUUUGAUGAAGUUGGAAGGAAGGAGUGUUGAAUACCAGCAACAGGAAGGUCGUCGAUGAAGCGUCCUCAUGACGCUCAUAGCUCAAAAGCUGUCGGUUUAAUAGUAUAAUAAAGAGAAUAAAAACUGCUUUACUGAAUAAAAA